CACUUACUCUCCCUACCCGAGCCGCGCCUCCUGGACAGACAAACCCAUGUCUCUCGACUCAUCUCAACAAGAGCAGCCCAUCUAUUGUGCAGUCGGCAACGCAACACUCUACGAUGAUAUGCGCCACAGUACCAGUGCGACAGCCUCUAGCUUCACUCAGCAGGCUGAACCAUCAGACCUCAAAGCGUUCUUUGACGGUCCCAGUACUGCUCGCAGUCGAAAUCCCCUGCAUCAUUCCCCCCUCGCGCACCAUGCAGAGCAUCUGCGCCACACUCACGGAGGCACGGGUCUGGCCCCGUCAGCCUUGGCGCACAGUGCCAUCUCGAAACUUGAGCCAUCAUCCCGCACGCGGGGUUCAGCAGCAGCCAUAGCGGUACAACCUCCAGAGCAGCAUGAAUGGUUUCAGAGUAUGGCGAUGGGAGUCGCAGCGAUGCAUGCCGAUUCACGUGUAGUCCUCGCACAAGCUGUCUUCAGACAGAAGAAGAGCUGGAAGCGCAAUGAUCUAGAUGUACUGGCGACGGUGUUGAUUGACUACGUCGUCGAGGGGCCAUGUUACAACAUGGAGAGGGCGGCGCGGUUCACGUGCAAGCUCUAUGAGUUUUUCCGCCACGACAAGGGCCGCGAUCGCGCUGCACACUUCAAACGGCGUAUUGAAGAACACGUCUAUGCCAAGUUCACCCAGUAUUGCGUUCCGCUCUCCACAUGUCAAUCAAAUAGCGCAAAUAGCGCGCAGGUACUCUAUUCAACAGCACCGGCCCCAUCUGUCAAUCCGAGGUUAGAAGCGAGAGCCAGGUCGGCGGUGCAUCUGGCUGCGCUUGUCGGCGAACUCUUCGCAGAUGGCAUGGUCUCAAGUUGGCUGAUCCUUUACUGCCUCAAUUCGCUGGCUGCACAGACAUACGUUCUGGAACACCUCGAGGCCAUGCAAGAUCUGCUCUCACAUGCUGGCCACAAGCUGUAUGAGGCGCCCGCCUCAGACUACUGGGACAAGUUCACGGUUGUGGUGCAGUGUCGAGCCGACGGACUUCUCAAGGGUGCGGGCGUGGCCGACAAAGCGGAAGACUGUGAUAAGGCAAAAGGCCUCGUUCAGAAAAUCCGUGAUAUCGUCGAGGAAUGGCGCAGGUUGAGCUCAUGUUCUACUUCAGACGACUCUUCUAGCAGCACUUUGGUCGAGGAAGAUGACGAAUACAUCUGGCCGCCUCGAACUCUGCCAAAGAAAUGUUAGCAAGAUGCUUAGUGGGGCCUAGUCUGGCGAAGGUGUUUGCAAAGUGGACGGUCUACUGUUGUUACCAUAUGAGCCAUGAUGAUACCCUGGUCUCCCUCACACGAUCGUGUUUUACCCUUCUGAGACUUGUAAUAUAUACCCUUGCAGUUCUAUCCAAGUUUCGUUUGCGGCUGGGC